AAUAACAGAAGACUCAGGAAAUUAUCUUUGAUGCAGCGAGCGAUAUUCUUUGAAACGCCUUGAAAAUCUUGAUUUUUGAGAGCAAGUGUACCUUUUCUUCAAAUGCAAUGACUCAGCAGCCCCAGGAUGAAUUUGCCAGUAGCGUGGAGACUGCAGAAGCUUGGAUGAAGGCCAUUCAGGAGAGGCUGAGGAUCAAUGACAACACCAAGGGACCUCGAUCUGCCCUAGAAGCCAGGCUGAGAGAGACCGAGAAAAUACGUGAGCUGGAGCUAGAAGGCAGCUUGAAAAUGGACUUGAUUCUGGUGCAAGCAGACGCUGCUCUCCGCAGCAUUAGUGAGGAUAAGAAACACGAGGUACUAUUGAAGCUGAAAGACAUUAAGGCCUUGUGGGAAGAGACAGCCAUAUACAUUACUCACUGCCACAGCCGUAUUGAGUGGGUCUGGCUGCACUGGAGUGAGUACCUGAAAGCCCAAGAUGAGUUUUAUAUAUGGAUUCACAACAUGAGGGUGAUCUUGGAGCCUGACAUUGAGUUGCAGCUUGGCUUGAAGGAAAAGCAGUGGCAGCUGAGCCAUGCUCAGGUUCUGCUGAAUGACGUCUUAAACCAGUCGGUGCUGCUGGAAAGGCUGCUAGAGGAAGCUGCUUCCUUGUUCAACAGGAUAGGUGACCCCAGCGUUGAUGAAGAUGCUCAGAAGAAGAUGAGGGUGGAGUAUGAAGGAAUCAAGGAAGAAGCUCAGAGCAGAGUGAAACUGCUGGAGAAGAUAACCAAGGAACACGAGCGGUACCGCGCAAACGUCAGCCACUUCCAGUCGUGGCUCAGCGGUGUGACGGAAAGAUUAAACGGCUGCGUUAGAGAAGGAACCAAGGCUUCAGCAGAGGACAAGCUAAAGGCACUAAAGGAAAUUGCCAAAAACAUUAGGAGUGGUGGGAAGAAAUGGAAACAUCUUGAAAAUCAGUGUGCAGAUGUGAUUCAUAACACCUCCCCACUGGGAGCUGAGCGAAUGAAGGAUGAACUCGAAGAGCUGCGAAAAGCCUUGGAGAAGUUGAAGCUGCUGUGUAAUGUGGAGGAGAACAGGCUGCUCAAGAUCCUACAAUCAGAGGGUGCCUAUGAGUCCAAAGCCAGACAAUUAGAAGCAGAUGUCCAGGAAUUCAGAAAAGAUCUACAGAGACUAGAAAACGACUUGGACCGUGGGUCAGGGCAGAAGAAUGAAGAUGAAUUUAUAGCUCUGUGGAGAAAAUGCAGUGCAACGAGAGCGUCUCUGGCAGCGGCAGAGCCUCAGGCCGAGCGGCUCAAAGCUCAGCUCCGGGAACUGCUGCGCUUUCCGCAGGACGUGCAGCCUCACGCUGAAAGGGUCGUCUCUGCCGUGCAGGAGUAUCAAAGGGUUAGAGGGAAGACAUCUAAAAUGAGUGCUGAUACAGAAAGUCAACUGAGGAGGCUUUUUCAAAAUCCCCUGCAAGAUUUUGAACAGUGGAAGCCAUCAGUCAAGAUGCUCCUGGAUACUCCAGAGCCGACACUGGCUCAGAUUGAAGCUGCUCUGUCUGAAAGCUCACAAUUUAAAGAAAAGUUGAUGAUGUUACAGCUGAAGAAAGAUUUGCUGAACAAUAUCCUUGGUGAGGAAAAAGCAAAGUCUUUUCUCGUGGAAGUAGCUGAAGCAUCAGAGGAGAGGGAAAUUCUUCAUAAAGGUCUGCUGCAAAGCAAGCACAAACUGCAGAAUUUGAUAUUGCAACAUAAGGACUUCGAUGCUGGUUUUGCACCUUUGCAGAAGAAAUUAUCUGCAAUCAAGGCCAAAGUAGAUCUAGAGAAUGAACCACAGCCUGACCUGUUAGGUAAAAAGACACAACUGCAGAGGCUCCAGAUGCUCCAAGAUGAUUUGGCAGAGCUUGCAAUUCAAAUGGAAGAGGUAGAGAAGCUUGUUCAGUCCAAUACCACGCAUAGGCAUGAAAUGAACCAGCUGUCAUCUGACUCUCAGGCUCUGAAGAGAUCAUUGGAGAUGAUGAUACAGCAGAGUGAGGAGCACAUUCAGAAGCACUGGGCAUUUAAUGACAAACUCUCCGACCUCCAGCAGUGGAUCACAGUAACCACUGAGAAACUGGAGUCUUACCAGCGUGCCGAGGGGGAGCGGAGCAUCGAGAGCAGGGUGGCAGACCUGGAGAGAUUGCUAGCUGAGUUUCCAGAUAAGGAGAUCCAGCUGCACCUCGUGGAAGCUCAUGGCCAGCUAGUCAUGGAGAAUUCUUCCCCAGAGGAGACUGCCCAUGUCCAGGCAGAGCUAAAUGAACUGAAGGAGUCCUGGAGAUCACUCAAAGACAUGGCAAACAACCUUCUCAAACAGUGGCAGUUAAAUAAACCAGUGGCUGCUAAGAAGAAGAAAAUAGCGAUUGUGGACAGCAGGCAAAAGUCCAGACCAGCCUUCCUUCCUGUGGAUGUAGCUUCCAGUCAUAAGCAG